AUGCCCUAUGAGCCCCUUCCUUCACUCUUUCCAGGCACUCUUGAGGAGGAGGUGGAGGAGGAGGCAGUGGUCGCACCUCGUGUUAUGCACUAUGUCCCUACCUCAGUCCCCACCCCACCUCCUCGUACAGUGUACCCUCGUGUGGUUCCUCCUACCGCACUUCCUACAUCCUCACCCCCCUUGGCUACCCCUCCUCUUCCAGUUAUUCCCUCUCCUCUUCCACCCUCCAUCCCUCCUCCACCUGCCCCACCCUCCUCUUCGUCUUCCACGGCGCCGCCCGUGGCUGCAGGACGAGAGCAGCAUGGAUGGAGUGCAGCAGAGUGGGAGGCAGGAGACAGGGGAGCAGUAGACAGGGGAGCAGCAGAUUGGGGAGCAGCAUAUAGGGGAGGAGCAGAUUGGGGAGCAGCAGACAGGGGAGGCGCAGACAUGGGAGCAGGAGAUGUGGGGAAUUCGAGAUGGUGGUCGUGUGUUGGUUUCUGGGACGAUCACAGCACCGCCGUUGCGUCCCUCCACUCGCAUCACUCGUGGUGUCCCGCCAGUUAA